AUUAUAAAUUCAAUCGUGAAAGAUGUGCCUUAAUGUGACACUAGCCAACUUUAAACUCAUCCUGCCCUUUUCGAACGUCGUAUGUGCGCAUGUGCAAACUACCUGCCACACGUGUUCAGCAAUGAAACCGACGUUUCUCCCAAACACGAUUCGGCCUAACCCGCCCUUGAGGAAACCGUCCUCGCAUCCCGUGGACCCGUUCCCCGCCGUGUCUCCCCCGGGACCCGUCGCCAUGUCCGGGGCAAAAGCAGCAGGUCCUGCAUUCGGGCAAAGUCCCAUCCUUUCACUUUUCGACAAGAAUAAAGCUGCAAUAACAGGCCCCACUUUAUCUGCAGUGGCCAUGCACCUCUGCAGUAAUUGUGGCCAUCAAGGAAAUUUCCGAUGCAAGCGUUGCAAGAAGACCUUUUACUGCUCCGUGGCUUGUCAGACAGAAGAUUGGAAGAAACACAAAGACAUAUGCAAAUCCAUUGGUUCAGAGCCUGUAAUCGAGAAAUCUAAGGAAAGCAGCACUUUUUCAAACAUAGUCGCGCCAUUGAAGAAUGCUGGUAUUUCCAGCUCACAGAGGGUCUAUUUGAAAGACCUGCAAGUGACUGAAUUUGUAAAGGAAAAAGACAUCCAGGCAUCUGUUGCGGAGUUCUACAACCCUGGCAGGUUUUUUAUAUAUCCUCAAAGCUCUGUCCUUCUGGACACUCUGCGGAGCAUUGGAAGCGAACUUCAGAAAACGUACAGCCGCCCUACAGUAGUGUCAUAUGUCCCCUUCGCUGGCGAGGUUUGCGCAGCACAGUACUCCUGUGAUAUGCACUGGUACAGAGGUCUUGUCCAGAGUUUGUCCACUGACCACAAAAUGGCCAACAUUCUUUACAUUGACUUUGGCAAUGAAGAGGACGUACCUGUGGAGAGGAUCAGGCCCCUGGCUUCUAAUUUCAAGCAGUUCUGUCCAUGCGCAAUACAGUGCCGCAUUGCUGGGGUUGAGCCGGUGGGUGACAACUGGUCAGAUGAAUGCUGUUUUGCAGUUAGACAGAUGUUGGCUGGAAAAGCCAUAAGUGUGAGACUGGUGGACAUUCUAGAAAACCUCAUUCAUGUGGUGGAUGUCCAGCUUUCUGUGGGAAAGCAACUGAGCACAUUUCUCAUUGAGCACAGUUAUGCAGCAGAGGACACAGUCAGCGGAAGUCUGACUGAGCAGGACAUAAAAGAUAUUGAGAGUGCUUCCUGGGAUAACUUUAAACUUCAGUCCAGCGGGACAGAUGACAACAGCUGGGCUCAGCCUCCUGAGCCACUGACACAGGCUGUGGGUGACUCCUUUUCUGUAGUGGUAACUCAUUUCCAGUCACCCAGUGAAAUUACUGUGCAGAAGUUGGACAAUGCUCGUUUGAUUCAAGAGUUGCAAUUACAGCUGAGGGAACACUGCAAUCAAGUCCCUUCCUCACAGAACUUCAGGCCAGCACCUGGAACAGUUUGUUGUGCCCAGUUCUCAGAGGACAAGCAGUGGUACAGGGCAAAGGUUUUGGGUUAUUCAUCAGAUAAAGGCGUUUGUGUUGGCUACCUUGACUUUGGCAACUGUGAGGAGGUUGGUCUAGAACGGCUGCAACCUAUCAGCUCUUCUCUGCUGGCCCUUCCCAUGCAGGCAAUGCGUUGUGGAUUAGCAGGGGUACAGCCCAUUUGUAAGACCUGGUCAGAGGAAUGCCUGCUGACCCUGCAGCGAAGGGUUUCGAACAGAAUUCUGCGCAUUGAGAUCCAGGCUGCUGAUGAGGGCAAGGCCUUGGUGGCCAUGAUUGAUGAAGCUAGUGAUCCUCAGGCUAAUAUGGCAGAGCUGCUGAUCUCUGCUGGUUUUGGAGCACCUGCUCCUGUUGGCACUAUUGCUGACGAGCGGGUUGACCAGACAACUGCUGCAGAACCUGAUGUUCCUACACCAACCAGUGAACCUCUGGUGUGGUCUUGCGCUAAUCUACCCUGCGAUGGCCAGACAGUGGCACUGUUAACCAGCCUCGUGGAGAACCCUGGGGAGUUUUACUGCCACAUCGACAGUCCUGCAGAUCAUCAGCGGCUGUUGGAGCUGAUGACUGAAUUGAAACAACAUUGUGAGGCAGAUGCAACGCCUUUUGAGCUCAAAGUGGGAGAACCUUGUUGUGCCAUGUUCCCAGGUCAUAAAGAGUGGUAUCGGGCUAUGGUGAAAGGGUUUUGUGAAAACUUGGUCUCUGUCAGCUUUGUGGACUUUGGCUACACCAUGAAUGUGGAAAGGAGCCACCUUAGAGUAAUUACACCUCAGCUUCUGACUCUACCUUUCCAGGCAAUUCGAUGCUUUCUAGCAGGUGUGGAACCCCUGGGUUCUGAGUGGAGCAGUGAAGCCAUCCUGUGGUUCCAGUCUCUGGUGGAUGGUGUACAUCUCUCUGCCCGUGUCCUGUCUUUCACUACACAGGGUUAUGGUGUGAAGCUCGAGAGCCGAGGGCAGAAUGUGGCAGUUGCCUUACACUUGGAGUGUCUAGCCAAAAUCUCUGGAACAAUGCACGAGACUCCUGUGACAACAGGCUCUGGGCCAAACUGCCAGGAGAAUAUGAAGGGAAAUAAUUACAGCCAAAUACAUUUGCAAGCUUUUGACCACACAGGAGCCGCUUCUAAGGAGAUUCCAAUUGAAAGGCUGGGAGGAACAUCAUCAGAAGUUCCAUCUUUUCCAGUGGACUGGAAGACGGAAGAGCUGCCUCCUAACAAGACAUUUCAGGCGUCUUUUGCAGCUUUCACAAGUCCCUCCCUGUUCUACCUGUUUGCCUUCAGCCAAGUGGACAAGCAGAAGCUUCAGGAGGUGAUGAUGGAAGUGGCUGCCUACUGCACUAACAACUGGUCACCUUUAUCGCUCCCUCUGACCAAACCUGCUCCUGGGGCAGCAUGUUGUGCCCAGUUCUCUGCUGACAAUAAUUGGUACCGUGCCGUUGUUCUGGAGACUGGUGAAAGUGAGAUAAAAGUCAUUUAUGCAGAUUAUGGGAACACUGCAAACGUGCCGUUAUCUUGGAUUUUGCCCAUCCCUGCCCACCUGCUGCAGCUUCCUUUUCAGAUCGUCCGCUGCACCCUUGCUGGUAAGGAGCACUUUCCUGCGACGUGGUCGGAGGAAGUGCUGCAGAUGUUCCGAAGCUUCCUGCUGAAUGGCGCUCUGGCCACUGUCCGUUCAUUCGACGGCUGUGCCAACGUGCUUUCACUCACUCUUCCUACUGAAAGAGGCGGAGGGGACCUCACAGCCAUGAUCUUGAAGGAACUACAGGUCCAAGGGGAGAACAGUCCUUACCUCACCAUCCCCCACAUGUCUGGGCUAACGGACAGCGGCACACCUGUCCGCAGUGCUACAACUCCACCCGACAGCCCUGAACCCAGGUCAAAACCUGAAACCCAGAAGAGGCCAGAAAAUACAAGUGUCAACAGGGCUCUGACCGUGACCCCACAGCGAACACCCCAGCGUGAACAGCCCAAUACCAUCAGCUCUGCAGUGUCACUUAGUGAUCCUGGGACUACAAGGCAAACAGGGCCAUCGUCUCAGAACUCCAACAAUCCUCAGACCUCCAGCUGCUGCAGCUGCUGUCAGAGACGAAACUCUCAGAUGGACCACUUGGUACAUUUAAUGCAAGAGCUUAUUAACCUUCACUCAUCAACUUCUUAGUUAAUAAAAUAAAUCUAACAGUUUUAUAAGUUACUGUUUUUAUUUUUUUACCAUAUCUGUUCUGUUAAGAAAUUCAUGUUAAACUGUUUGUGAAGGAUAUAACUGCAUGCACUUUUUUCUGAGCCGCCAUUGGUUUCGUUCACCUGUUCACACUGGAUGGCCACCCUGAUUUCAGUUUACAUAAACCGUUUUGUGGCAAAACAAA